CAUGGGCGCGGUACUUCAGAGGGUAUCUUCAUUUUCUUUCAAGACUCUUUUCCCUUUAAGACAACCCACUCGGUUUUAUGCUAGCCUCAGGUCUUUCCUCACUGCCUCGGGGCUGUCUGUGAUUAUUCCAGUGCAUCCUGCUACUAUCUUUAGGGCGUACCAUGUACACCCCUUCCACACAAAACACAGUUCAUAUUACAUGGUCCAUGUGUCUCACACAUUUAUUCUUA